AUGGUAUGGGUUGAAAUUCCUGACGAAGAAAGAUAUCCAGAACUUAAUGCAAAAGUUCUGAAGCACAUGAUUCAUGGUCCGUGUGGCAAUCAAUCUCAGAGAUAUCCUUGCACUGGUGACGAUGGAAAAUGCUCAAAAGGCUUUCCAAAAGAGUUUCGAGACGAAACAAAUGCUAAUGUGAAUGGAUAUCCCAUGUAUCAACGAAGAAAUACUGGGAAAAAAUACAUUGUUAGAGGAAAAGAAAUUGACAAUCGAUGGGUGGUGCCAUAUUCGCCAUAUUUAAUCAUGAAAUAUGAUCGGCACAUCAAUUUGGAAAUAUGCUCAUCAGUGAAGAGCGUAAAAUACUUAUAUAAGUACAUUCACAAAGGAUUUGACUGUGCCGCAAUUGAAGUGCAAACACGAGAUGGCACAAGGCUCAUUAAAGUAGAUGAAGUUAACUCAUUCCUAGAUGCAAGAUAUGUUAGUGCUCCAGAAGCAAUGUGGAGACUGAAUGGAUACGAUCUAUUCAUGAAGUCUCACACAGUAAUAAGACUGGCAGUCUAUUUGCCUAAUCGUCAAAUGGUUUAUUUCAGAGCGGGAAAUGAAGAGCAAGCUGCUCAAAGAGAGCUCACCCGAGAUACUACGCUGACUGCAUGGUUCAAAUUGAACCAAUCUGAUGAAAAUGCAAUGCAUUUUCUUUAUACAGAUAUUUCUUCUCAAUACAUUUAUGAAAAGAAAGAAACUAAGUGGAAGCUACGCAAAAAAGGUGUUAAUAAAGUAAUUACAAGGCUUUACACAGUGAGCAUCAAAGAUACUGAGAGAUUUUAUCUCCGCCUUCUUCUUCUCCAUGUGGCAGGAGCUAAAUGUUUUGAGGAUCUGAGAACUGUCAAUGGCGUUCAAACCAUAACUAAUUAUUUAGCCAAAUACGUCUCUGAAAAUCAGAGGGAUUGGGACCGGUGA